CAGGCUUCUGCAGGGGCAGCUAAGCAGGACCUACUCCGGCUCAUGUGUCGGAUGGAUUCAUUCCAGUUGCUCUCCCUGGCUGCCACAACAGAUUUGCCUCUGGAGCUGGAGCCGAACCUCCUCUGUACAUAAAUAAAACACACACACUCUGCAAACAUGGCUGGUAAAAUCCAGAGUCUGACGGAUGAGGAGAGGGCUCACCUACUGCCGCUGCUACGCAACGCUCAGUGGGUGGAGGUUGUGGGACGCGACGCCAUUUACAAAGAGUUUAUUUUUAAAGACUUCAAUCAGGCUUUUGGCUUCAUGUCCAGAGUGGCUUUACAAGCAGAGAAGAUGGACCAUCAUCCUGAGUGGUUCAAUGUCUAUAAUAAGGUCCAGAUCACUCUCAGCACACAUGACUGUGGGGGGUUGUCCCAGCGCGACAUCACUUUGGCCACCUUCGUUGACCAGGCAUCACUGAUGUGAGCAGCAGCACAUUAUAGGUCACUUCAACGGUGAAGAGCUGGAAGUCACAGAUCUACGCUGGCGUGACCUCCAAAUCCAAACAAUAUGAACCAAAUACUGUCAAUGUAUCGUGAAUAAAGGGUCCAAUGUGUGUGUUGAGAUUAUAAGUGAACGGUAAAAUAAUGUUUACGGAUGUAAUUCCUCAGCAACAAGUUAUUACAGUUAACAUUCACAACAGUACAUGUAUCCGUCUGUCUGUGCCAAAUGUUUUUUGUAUUUACUGUCAGUAAAUGUUAUUUUCUCACUCAAA